UAAACGGCAAUUGGGUUUUUCUUUUUCCUCUGGCAGCCGCUAUACAUGCCUGAGAUAUCAAACACACACCAGCAGAGUUUGAGUAAGUUUCUGUCCAAACUGUGUCCACCCUUCUCACGCAUAUGAAACUCUUUCCUCGCCCUCCCCCUUCUUUAACCAGAAGGCAGGCCAGAGAGCCGCGCAAACUUUCACUGCAGCUCUGCACAGACACCCUGCUUCUCUUUCUGUUGCGCUCUCGUCGUCUUUGCAGCCCUGCAGUCUCCCCCCUGCACCUAUGAAGCCUCGGAGUAAAAGCUGCCAGCCCCUCAAUUUGAUUCACUUCCUGUAGUCAGACUCCUUCCCAAAAGUGGAGAGAGAGAGGGGUGGGGUGGGGGGGGGAAACGGGGAAAGGAAGAAAUCUUUCUGUUCUAAAUAAGGCUCUCUGAGGAGCAGCAAGCGACUCCUCGGCUCUGCACAGCUUCAAAACUUUUGUAGUGUUUUGUAUGAGUGGCAGUGAGACGCAUCGCGCACAGCAGUGUGUUUCAAACAGAGAAAACAGUUUUGCGCUAAAGAAAAAGCAAACCCGUGCGUCAGUUAAAGGCUGCACCAGAAUCCAUGUAUUGUACGGAUGGUACAAGUUUUGACGCCCAUCGCCGACUCUUUCCCUGAUACCACGCACCGAGUUUGGAGACACUACUGUACGCUGUGAGACCGCAGGGGUUCAUGUACUGGAAAAAUGAAGUUUUGUCCCCUCUCUCAGAGGGAAAUAAGAUUCUGUCCGACGGAAUUCCCACGAAGCAGGUGAUCUCUACGGAGCAUCAGAGUACACAGGGAGCCUCGCGCUGCAGUGUGGACUCGAAACACGCGCCAAUGUCUCAAUCGGACGGAGAAUCCCAGAGGUCCAACAUGGAGCGGGAGGACACUCGCUCGUCCCCGAGCACUCCGUCCACCCCCUCCGUGUGCUCGCCGACCUCCACCACCAGCUCGGUGCCUUCCACCGGGAAGAACAUGUGCGCCAGCUGCGGUCUGGAGAUCCUCGACAGAUACUUGCUGAAGGUGAACAACCUGAUCUGGCACGUGCGCUGUCUGGAGUGCUCGGUCUGCAGGACGUCACUACGUCAGCACAGCAGCUGCUACAUCAAAAACAAAGAGAUCUUCUGUAAAAUGGAUUAUUUCAGUAGGUUUGGUACUAAGUGUGCCCGCUGUGGGCGGCAGAUAUACGCCAGCGACUGGGUGCGGCGCGCAAGGGGAAACGCAUACCACUUGGCAUGUUUUGCGUGCUACUCAUGUAAGAGGCAGCUGUCCACGGGAGAGGAGUUUGGUUUGGUGGAGGAGAAGGUCCUGUGUAGGAUUCACUACGACACCAUGGUGGAGAACCUCAAACGAGCGGCUGAGAGUGGCAAUGGUAUCACGUUAGAAGGAGCAGUUCCAACAGAACAAGACAGUCAACCCAAACCGGCUAAAAGAGCACGGACAUCCUUCACUGCAGAACAGCUACAGAUCAUGCAGGCUCAGUUUGCCCAGGACAAUAACCCAGAUGCCCAGACACUACAGAAACUAGCCGACAUGACGGGCCUCAGCAGGAGAGUUAUACAGGUGUGGUUUCAAAACUGCAGAGCAAGACACAAAAAGCACACGCCCCAGCACAGUGGGGCUCCGCAAGGUCAUCCCCAGUCCAGGAUACCCUCGUCCCUGCCCGAUGAGCUGCAUUACUCCCCCUUCGGCAGUCCUGAGCGUGCGCGCAUGGUGGCCCUUCACGGGUACAUUGACAGUCAUCCCUUCUCUGUGCUGACUUCUCAGAGUCUCCCUCACCAGGCCAUGUCGCUGCCCCAGCUCCCCCUCAGCCGCUAGCACUCCACUAUGAACCUUAUGACCCCUAACCUCCGGACCCUAACCCUUGAUCUCCCAUCAGUGACGUCUACCGACCUGACCUGGAGGUCAAGCAGGAGUCAGCCUGGAGAAAAGACAAAUCUUACAGGAGCUCUGCCCACUUGGAAACAGAAAAAGAAAUGUUUUUUUUUUUUUUUGGUUGGUUUUUUUUUCUCUCCGAGGACAUGAAUAUCCCACCUGCAUCCAGUCUGACAAAAUGAUCAUGAAGCAUUUAUCAUUAGCAGGAACUCACAGACUAUAUUUUACACCGCCAAAAGGACCCAUUUUGCUUCAAGUGUACAGCAUCCUCCACUUUACUCAUCCACCCUCUGACUUAAAGGUGGAGGGAGUUGUAAAGGGAUGAGACUGAUCAGGGAAGCAGGACUGAAGCCUCUCGAGUGCUGUCAGAAAACUGAAGAUAAACAAAAAGGGGAAAAUUUAAGGGGGGACUGUCGUUGUGGCCCAAGGGCCAGACACACACAGUACACCACAUUAGAGGUAAGACUCCUCCCUCUUUUCUCUCUAAGCAACCAUGAAGGAAAGCUAAACGUAAACAAAAUAUGUUGAAAUAUGUCCUUUAGGAAUGACAUAGUGACUUUAUGACAUCUCAAAAAACAGAAACUUCCCAGCUACAUUUUUGGUAAAUUUUCCACUGAAAUGACGUGUAGAAUUAGAUUUUUUGUUAAAAGAUGAAAACAUUGUGUGCCUUAUCUUUUCCAUUAUUAAAAGAAACAGUAGUUGUUUACAGCAGUUAAAUUCUAGCCUGUAAUUCAUCACUAAAAAGAGAUUUGGACUUUUUUUUUUAUUUGCAUGUGUAGGAGAAAUUAUAAGAAUUUCCAUUGGAAUCUUCCAUUUGUAGAAAAUCACAAAUGUAUUGUAGCAUGUUCACUGCUUAUCAUGAAGGAAAACCACAAAGCACAAUGUCUGGGGUUGCGUAUUGGUAAAUCAUGGCUGUAAGAUUAGAGGCAGGAGCUAACAGAUUUCAAGAUCCACAAUCCUGUUACAUUUCUUCAAACUGACAUAGAAACAGAGGGAAGUCUGACAUGAGAAUACUUGUCAAACUACACAUUCCUACAAAACGUGUUACAUAUUUUCAGAUUUCCAAACAGGUGCAUUGUCACUAAUUUAUGAUUUUUAAGUUGUUCGUUCAGCCUCUGUGUGCAUGUGUCUUUCGUACAAGGAGGGAAAUGGAGUAUUGGUACAAAAUGGACAAUAUAAAACAGACUGGGUUGUACAUAGUAAGAUGUGUGUGUGUGUGUGUGUGUGUGUGUGUGUGUGUGUGUGUGUGUGUGUGUGUGUGUGUGUGUGUGUGUGUGUGUGUAUGGGUGUAUGUGUGUGUGUGUGUGUGUGUGUGUGUGUGUGUGUGUGUGUGUGGGUGUAUGUGUGUGGGUGUGUGUGUGUGUGUAUUGGCAGUUGUAGAGAGUGUGCAUCUGUAUUUUAGUGCCAUGGCCAAUGUGUGAAGAACAGGAUCCAACAAGACCUCAAUGUCCUUGUAUUUAUUGAGAUGGUAAAUCCCUGUAAAGCACUUUUCCCCCCUCUGAAAAUGUUUUGUUUUGUUAAAAAAACAUGAAAUGAAACAAAAAGUUUAUUUGAUAGACUGUGCAUCAUAAAUGUUUUGUGUACUAAACUGCAAUAAAAUAGAAUGUGAUA